AUCUAUCGAUGGACGUGUUAUUGUGGUGACUCGCUAGUCAACGAGUGAUCCUACGUGCCAACAUGUCGCCUUUCUCCCGUACCACAGUUGCAUCACUAUUCUCGGCCGGUCUGUGUGUGGUCGUUCAAGCGGCCGAACCGGGCGCAGAACCGUUCGUUCAAGGAACACUGACAUUGAAUGGGAAAACGUAUCGAGCAGUAUGCAACUGCAACGAAGGUGUGACAGAUGUUGAGAGAAGGCUGGCACAGAUCGCUCCACUUUGCAAUCCGAGCAAAGUAAAAAUACAUCAAGAUCAUUCCUCUGCAAUCGGACUUACUGCAGCAGAAGUACGGGUGAAUUGGGGCCAACCUUCGGAUGUAACUUUUGGAAGGGUAAAAGAAAACCACUUUUCUUGUAUGGACGACCGCAUCACAGAAGCAUCCUUGAGCACCCCUGGCGGCGACCUUGGUGAAUUUACACUUGCUCUCGCUGCCAGUGGUAUUCCGUACGAUGAGGCAACAGUAACGUCGUUGCUGAGCAACUAUUUGGCCACCAUACCAUCGGAUCGGCUCUUCUACCAUUGCACCGACGAAGCGGCAAUGUCUAGCUUUGACCGUUCUCUUGGUGUCGAGGGACUCGAUCUCUCACAACCUGAUCCAGCCCUGCAGUCUGACAUAAAAGCAGCGCUGUCCCAGCCCCGAAACAUUGGGGAUUCUCAUUUUCGAAACAUGGUGAAGAACCCGUCCUGGUAUCACGUUGGCAGAGAACUACCGCUCGUUACUAUGAAGGCGUUCCUGAAUGUCGCUUGGGACAAAACUAAUCCAAACUCCAAGAAGGUUUACCUUGACGUUCUGAAUGGGAGGAGUGAUCCGAAAGCAUUUAUCGAGAUUGCCUCCACACAGGAAUGUGAACUGUCCGGCGUUGCCCCACUGCUACCUCCGAAAACUCGAGUGACGCAGGCAUUGUUUAGCCACCUCAGUGCGACGAGUGAUCGCAGAAAGGAACAGGCUGAAUUCUUCAUACAGAGCGGUUACUCAUCCCUGUCGGUGGAGGAACUGAGGUCCCGAAUGGAUCGCUACGGGGCCCAAUGGCUUGAAACAACUGGUACUCUGUUAGCGCGAGGGCUGCCAUUCUAUAGGAUGACGUAUGUGUAACACAGGGGCGGGGCAAAACCGUUAGCGUUGUAUUGCUGUAGACAACCGAGGAGUGCUGUACUUCUGUCCACCUGGAGUAAUAGCGAAGAACAGGGUCGAAAUCGAUUCGAAGCAAACUGCGGAGAAAUUUGUAUCCAGGGAC